AGGAGCCCGAUGUGGGACUCAAUCCCAGAACGCCGGGAUCACGCCCUGAGCCGAAGGCAGACGCUUAACGACUGCGCCCCCCAGGCGCCCCCCCAAAUACCUUUAGAUCUGAAGGAGAAUGUGGUCUCUAAUUGAGAAAGCAAGAAGCAGGUAUGACAGCUGCUGUCAACAUCAGACAAGACCCUUCCAUGAUUGUGAUGGAGACAAAGGUCGGAGCACAGACAAACAUACAAGGCCUCGUGCAAACCACAAAAAUGACCGCACAUCCUUGUCUCGGCUGAUUGCUGCUUCAGCAACUACAAUUUUAACCCGCUCUGUUCUACUUCCUUAUAAAAAUUGGAAUGUCUGAUCAUGCAACAGUGGCCUGAUUUCCAACAGCAUUCAUCCAAAGCAACCUUUCCUUCUUAGACCCUCUCCCAAACCCCCAACACAAACUGAAAUCCUAUAAAUUCCUCCCACACCCUCUCACUGAGACACCCCACCUCCCAGCCUCCCCACAGUGUGUGGGCUCCGUGCUGCUGUCACAGGUACCAUCAAAUUCAACUUGGUUCGGCCACAGGUGGGCUUUAGCUGGUGGGGUCCAGCAUGGCCACAAGCAAGUCAGAACGCUAUCAGCCUCCCAGCGCUCAUUCCCAUCCACCCUGAACUUGGCUCCAGACUUUCAGGUAAGUUCCCCAGAUACAGCAACGUCCUCAGCAUCUAAAGCCAAAAGGAACUUCCUGCAGAUUUCUAAGAACUUAAACUGAAACAAAACGCAUUCCUGUUCCUGUGAUUUAUUGAUAGGUUUUCGGUAAUCAGGUAUUCACAGAAGGGAACAGUCACUCCAUUGUGUGAUUCAUAAGCACAUUCCAUCCUCCUUCUCGUCUUAACUCAAAUCUUUAUUGCUUUAGUUCUGUUUAUUUUCCAAAGAAACUCCUAAAAGAGCUUGGAGAAUUCUGGGGUUCUCCCACAGUUUUCUAUAAACAAAGCUUUGCAUCUCUUAUAAAAUGUCUCUGUUACUGCAGAAUGGAAAAACCACAGUUGUAUGCACGUCAGUGGCUCUUCAUUCCUCUGGGACUCUGAGCUCCUACUUACUAUGGAUUCAAAGCCUCAGCUACAAGAAAAUGAAAAAUACUGACUGACAGCAUUUUAGCGAUGAGGGCGGAGAGAAGAGAGAGAGUGUAAAUGGCCUCAAGUUGCUCCUUAGGAGACAUAUAGGCCUCUUGGAAGGUGACCGUAGGAUUAGUGAACUCAUUUCUCUUCCCUGAGUAACUUGAAGGCCCACUCACCCGUAGCUGAUAAUUAGGAAAAGUUGGGGGGCCGGUUGCAGGCUGGAAAAGGUCUUCUCAUGAGGGUAACUGACAAUUCUUAGCGUGGUGCCUCAUUUCUUUGGCGAAAAAAGAGAAGCCUUUGGAAUCUCUCACAUUCACUAACUCUGUCUCUCCUUUCCCCUCUCCUCCUUCCCCCUCCUCUUACCUCUUCUCAGUCUCCCUUUCUCUCUGUGUGUCUUUCUGUCUCUCUCAGUAAUCCCUGGCAUACACUUUCUGUGAUAUUCACCCUGGGAGAUCCUCAGCCAAAGAGGGGCUAAAGUCUGUAUUUUCAUGUUUUUAUAGCCUCUCUGCAGAGGGCGAAUGCAUGUAGCCCUGCUUUGGAGGGUUUGCCUAAUAGGUAGCAGGAAGAGAGGCUGCAGGGCAUAGAUUCUGGAAAGAACUCAAGAGUGGUCCUUGUGACCCUGACCUCUUUCCCGGGAUCCUACUAUUUCCCUCUGUUCAGUCCAACCUCACUUAGUUGGCUCCCUAAGUUCCCUGCCUGCCCCUCUUCUGUGUUCCCGGAACUUUCCAUUUAAAAAGGAUUUCCAGGAAUAUGACUCAGAGAUGUCCCCACUCGACCAGACCUCAGCAUCUUCUUGCUACCCAGGCACACUUCAUCUCCUCCACCUCCGCGAGCCCCUCUACUACACAGAAUCCAUCUGUAUCUUCUCCAGGCCUCCUCACUUCCUGUCUAGCCCCCCCACACGCAUGCAAACCCCGGUGCAGCAAUGCAUCUAAACUGAACGCAGGCUUGGUCGAUAGGGGAGUGGUGUCCCUGUUACGAGGCGGACAUAUCGUUAGGUCACUUCUGAUUAUGGUCAGCAUGCCAGCAGCGUGUGCCCCAGAAAGAGCAGUUAACCGCAAAGCUCCCUUGCAAGCCACUAAAUUCUGUACUCUACCUGGUGCCCGUUCGCCCUCAUCCUUUUGUCCCAGCCUGUUUAGCGAAAGAAACACACCCGAGACCCUGAGCCAGAGCCCUCAGGGCCAUCUCCACAGUUCACGGAAAGCCCGCGGCCACAUCCUCACCUGCAGCUUCCGAAGAAGGAUCGAGGCAAAGCCCCUGCGGACCUGCAGCCGGUUGGGAGAACGCUGACCCUGCUCCAGAGCUACUGGAUCAGGAUCCGUUAUUUAGAAAACCCUCCAGAGAAGCAGAGGCCCAGGCGGAAGUUCUGACGACCGUGGACCCCCAGCAGCCUGCUGCCCCCGGAAGGCCGGAGAUGGCAGUUUCCCCAAACUCCUGCCUCCCCAGGGGUCUGCUCAUCCUCACUUUCUUCCAGCUGUGCAAGCCGGAUUCGGGUAGAUCCCGCUUGGGUCUCCCUCUCUGGUCCCCUCACCCCACCCCCGGGCUGAAACCUCUCAGUAAAGCGCACUUCGACGUGAUCGGGCCAGCGGAGCCCAUCCUGGCCGCGGUGGGUGACGACGUCGAGCUGCCCUGCCACCUGUCCCCGAACGUGAGCGCCGAGCGCAUGGAGCUGCGGUGGUUCCGCAGGAAGGCGGCGGCGGCGGUGCUCGUGCGCCGGGACGGGCGCGAGCAGGCCGGGGAGCAGGUGCCCGAGUACCGCGGCAGAGCCACGCUUGUGGACCGCGACAUCGCGGCCGGGCGUGUCGCCGUGAGGAUCCACCGGGUCAGGGCCUCGGACGACGGCGAGUACCGAUGCUUUUUCCGGCAGGACGGAAGCUACGAAGAGGCCAGCGUGCACCUGAAGGUGGCCGCUCUGGGUUCUGAUCCUCACAUCCAUAUGGAAGUUGGAGAAAGUGGAGAGGUCCGGCUGGAGUGUACCUCAGUGGGAUGGUACCCAGAGCCCCAGGUACAGUGGAGUACUUCUGAGGGAGAGACGUUUCCAUCCACAUCAGAGUCUAGGAAUCCUGACGAAGAAGGCCUGUUCACUGUGGUGGCUUCAGUGAUCAUCAGAGACCCCUCCAUGAAGAAUAUAUCCUGCUGUAUCCGGAACCUCCUUCUUGGCCAGCAGAGGGAAGUAGACAUUUCCAUACCAGCUCCCUUCUUCCCAAGGUUGACUCCCUGGAUGGUGGCAGUGGCUGUCAUCUUGAUGGUCCUAGGAUUUCUCACAGUCGGGUCCGUAGUUUGCACUUGGAGACUCUACAAGGAAAGAUCCAGACAGAGAAAGGAUGAAUUCAGCUCUAAGGAAUGGAGAAAGGCCACGGUGCGUGCAGUUGAUGUGACUCUGGAUCCAGACACCGCACACCCCCACCUCUUUUUGUAUGAGGAUUCCAGAUCUGUCCGACUAGAAGAUUCACGUCAGGAACUGCCUGAGAAACCAGAGAGAUUUGACUCCUGGCCUUGCGUGUUGGGUCGUGAGACCUUCACAUCAGGGCAACAUUUCUGGGAGGUGGAGGUGGGAGACAGGGCUGACUGGGCGGUUGGGGUGUGCAGGGAGAAUGUGGUGAAGAAAGGGUUUGACCCCAUGACUCCUGAGAAUGGGUUCUGGGCUGUGGAGUUGUAUGGGAAUGGGUACUGGGCCCUCACCCCACUGCGGACCCCUCUCCCAUUGGCAGGACCCCCCCAUCGGGUUGGGAUUUUCCUGGACUACGAAUCAGGAGACGUCUCCUUCUACAAUAUGACCACUGGGUCCCAUAUCUAUACUUUCUCCAAUGCCUCCUUCUCUGGUCCCCUCCGGCCUUUCUUCUGCCUGUGGUCCUAUGGUAAAAAGCCCCUGACCAUCUGCCCAGUCGCUGACAGGCCUGAGAGAGUCACAGUAGUUGCUGAUGCCAGGGACUUCACUAAGGAGAUCCCACUGUCCCCCAUGGGGGAGUUCUCUGCCUCUGGGGAUACAGAUACCCUCCAUUCUAAGCUAAUCCCUACCCAGCCCAGCCAAAGGGCAUCUUAAGGAAUGUCCCAGCCCAACUGCUUUCCUUUGUCCUCAGCCCUCCCCUCCAUCACCUCUGAAGCACCAGCUGCCCGCUCCACCCAGCUGUUUCUGCCUGUUGGGUAGGGAAUCAGCUGGCCUUGGGGAGGUUGUGUUGCGGCUGCUAGAGAGUGUGGGGUGUGGGGCCUUCCUCAUCUUUUUCUGCGCUGAUACUCAGGGGGCAGGGAGGUGACUCUGAAGCCGCUUCUAGCAUUCUUCUAUCCCCAGAGGCCAAAUCCCCAGCGAUCAAGAUGGGGUUAGUUUGGCAUGGGGUUAUGAGAGAAACAUCUGGGUGUCCAGAAUAGGGAUGUGUAGAGAAACAGGUUUUAGGCAAGCAGGAACCCCAAAAGGUUCUGGGAAGAGAAGAGUCAAGGCUGAAAUCCCAUAAAGCAAUUCGGGGGGAGGGACAUCAGGAUGGAGGACCAUGAGGGGAACCCAGGCCAAUGAUGAACACCUGGCCAGCUUCUAGACUUUUUGGGCCUGUAUGUCCAGCUUUCUAAGACACAUCCUGUGGAGGAAACUGACCCUACUUCUGCGGGAUCUGAGCACUGGCAUGGGGGCCUGGGGAAGGGAUGAAAUGAGCGGGGCUGGGGGCCAGACCGAAGAUCUGAUCCAGGGGAGAACUUCAGACAAAACCCAGGUUGGGUGUCUGGCCGUGUCCCAGAUCCUGCUCUCCUCUCUGCCACGGCCUCUCCCCCCGCCCGCCCCCCACUCGGGGCUCAUCCCAACCUCGCUCUGUGGACACCACACAGGUUUCCAGCUCUCUUCUUCCUUUCCGUGUAGACUCUCUCCAUCCCAGGGCUUUCCAGGAAUCCUCCUCAGUGACAUCACCUCUUUAUCCGCCCGGGGCGGCCUCGGGGCCCCUCAGCCCUCCUCCCAAGCUCUGGUUUAAAGCCCUCAAACACACCUUCAGUUCACUCCCCCCGCAGCACACGAGCACCCCCGCCAGCGUCCACUCCCCCCACCGCGCGUUCCCAGAGGCUGCUGUUCCCCAGGCCCCCGCCGCCGCGUCCCUGUGUCCCCGCGUGGGCGCCCCCAGGCCGAGCACGGCCCUUGUGUGCAUUUUCCUGGAUGCACGGGCUCGCCGAGCCGACGGACUGCGGAUUUAUCUGGGCUCACACCUUCCAUUUCCAUUGCCUUUUUCCAGUUUGCAGAGUAUUUUCGCCCAGGGGUUUAACCUAAUAAAUAAGUCUGUUGAUUGCUGAAGGCAGCAUCUGCCCCCUUUCUCUAUCCCAGCAAGUGCAAGUGAAAUAAAACCAGGAAAGCA